AUGAGUCAAGGGACUGCUUCUGAGCAGUCUCCGCCCGCCUCUCCAGAGGUCGGGGCUUCUUCUUCGAAUCCCGCACCUUCCCUCUCCCGACCCGCUCCCAUGAACCCGCUCGAGAUCGACGUGGAGCAGCGCGCCACUGCUCUUGGAGAGGACCUCGGCAUCCAGAUUCCCCAGCGUGGCGCCGAGCUCCUUUCGACCGUCUCCAGCAUUGCCUCCCGACCUGGUGGCAUCCUGCCGGUUGCCCGGAGAUUCGCGCCGGUGCUCCUCGACAUUGUUGUGCGAUGGCUUGAUAGCGCAGACGACGUUGGUGACAGGCUGGCUGCGCUUUCAGAGCUGGCAGAGCCGCGUCCUGAUCUCUGGCCUGUCAUCACCUCGUACCUUGAGGCUAACGUCCCCACUUCUCCCCUUUCCCUUGUCGACGCUGAGACGUCUGAUCACCAGCUUCAGCGUAUUCUCCUCGCCUACUACCGCCUCCUCAUUGCCGACCCCGCCCUGGCGAAGCGGUUAGACUGGCCGACUGCUCCGCUGCACGCGCUCCGCAGCCAUGCCGACAUUGCCGUCCGCUUCCAUGCGAUCCAGGUUCUCAGCAAGCUGCGUGGAUGGAGUGAGACGAAGCGUUCCGAGAUGCUUGCCUCAUGUGUUGGAGACGAGAACACCGUUGUCAACGUGCUGUUCGGAUACCACGUGCGAAAUGGCAACGUCGAGGCCGAGUUCGUUGACGGCUGGAUGUUGCCCGUCCUCGAGGAGCGGAGAGUCAAGGAGUUCGGCCGGGACGCCCAGGAGGAGAAGGAAGAGUCUUCCCUCACCGAGGCUGACCUUUCGCCGCGCUCCGCCCUCGUCGGCAACAAGCUCUUCCUUCGACACCCUCCCCCGCAGAACACUCGGCAACAGGUCGGCCAGAUUCACGUCCCGACAGUCGCCAUGGACAGUGCGAUUGAAGCUAUCGCGCCGCACCUCUCAAGAUGUGUUCCUGUUCUUAUCACCGCGCCGCCGUCAGCCGGUAAGACGCAUAUCGUCCAGCACCUCAGUACGACCCUCUACCCCUCCCAGCUUCCCACCAGCCGCAUCCUCACGAUUCCCCUUGCCGACACCACGAUCGACGUCAAGUCUCUCAUCGGCACAUACGUUUCGAGCCCGACGAAACCGGGUACGUUCGAGUGGAUGGAGGGCGCUCUCGCCAAGGCCGUUCGUGCCGGUCGCUGGGUCGUGUUCGAAGACAUCGACAAGGCGUCUCUCGAGAUGCUUGUGACGAUUUCCGGUAUCACGAAAUCGCUGCACCUGGGACGUAUCGGACGACGUGCCGCCCUCCAGGUCCCCGGACGUGAGGACAUCGAGGCUGGUGACGGCUUCGCCGUUUUCGCCACUCGUACUAUCCGCUCUGAUGCCCACACUCCACCAACAUUCUUCGGCCACCAGGACUUCGCUGAGGUGCACCUCACUCCCCCGACGGACGAGGACAUCCUGGCCAUCCUGUCGGCGCAGUUCCCGCGUCUUCCUUCCAACGUCACACGUGCUCUUGUUGGUGUGUGGCACGACCUGCGUCCGCUGGCGAAGACGAGUGGUCAGGUCAAGGCUCGCGACAUCGGCUUGCGUGAUCUGGAGAAGUGGUGUGCUCGUGUCGAGCGAGCGCUUCCUCCAGCUGCGUCGCUUGCCGCUCUUGAGUCGUCUGGGGCCGGCGCUUUCGGAAAUGCUGUGUUCCAGGACGAGGUCUUCCUCGAGGCUGCCGACAUCUUCCUUGCGUCUCUUGACAACCGCGCUGGCUCCGCUGAGAAGCGAGCAAAGAUGGUCGCCGCCAUUGCUGACGGUAUCGGCAUGGAGCUUGACCGCGCCGUCUCGCUCAUUGACACGAGGAAGCCGCGGCUCGAGGCCGAGAAGGGAGCCUCGCAGAUCCACGUUGGCCGCUACAGCCUCGACGCUGCGUCAACAAAGAAGCGCAAGACGGACGAUGACCGACCCUACGCCCUGACUCGUCCUUCCCUCGUCACUCUCGAGCGUAUCGCCGCCGCUGUCGCGCUCGCUGAGCCGACCCUUCUGGUCGGUGAGACCGGUACUGGAAAGACGACCAGCGUGCAGCAUCUCGCGAACAUGGUCGGCAAGCCGCUAACGGCUCUCAACCUGUCGACGCAGACCGAGACUUCUGACCUGGUUGGUGGCUUCAAGCCGAUCGACGCGAUGGCAGCCGCGCGCACCCUGCACGCCCGAUGGCAGAAGCUGUUCACCGAGACGUUCAGCGUCAGCAAGGCGCAGAACGGCACCUACCUCGAGAUGGCUGCGAAGGCGCUGUCGGCUCGCAAGUGGCAACGUUGCGCGGAGCUCUGGGCCAACUCGGCGCGUCGUGCGGUGGACAAGCUGAACAAGUCCAAGGAGGAGCCGAAGGAUGACGACCCCCGGAAGCGUCGCAAGCUUGCCAACAAGACGGCCCGUGCUGCCGUUCUGUGGCAGAGCCUCCUGGUCGACAUCGCUGAGUUCGACCUGCACCACGUCAAGAUGAAGAGCAAGCUUGUCUUCUCCUUCGUCGAAGGCCCGCUCGUUAAGGCACUCCGCAACGGCGAGUGGAUUCUGCUUGACGAAGUCAACCUUGCGUCUCAGGAGACGCUCGAGGCUGUCGCUACUAUCCUCGAGGCGUCCACUGCGUCUCUCGUCCUCACCGAGCGUGGUGACGUUGAGCCCAUUCCUCGCCACCCAGACUUCCGCCUUUUCGCGUGUAUGAACCCAGCCACGGAUGUCGGCAAGAAGGAUCUCCCGCCAGGACUCCGCGCACGCUUUACCGAGCUUUACGUUCCGCCGCCUGAUGACGAUCGCGAAGCUCUUAUCGCCAUUGUUGAGGGAUACUUGGGUGACGCUGCUGCGGGCGACCGUGGCGUUGUCCUUGACGUCGUGGAACUCUACGCCACCCUCAAGCGUCUCAGUGCAGCGAAGGAGAUCGUUGACGGCUCCAACGCCGCGCCGCAUUACAGCAUGCGUACGCUCGCUCGUGCGCUGAUGUUUGCGGUCCAGUCGGCGCCGAUCUUCGGUCUUCGCCGCGGUCUCUGGGAAGGUUGUCUGAUGGCGUUCACGAUGAGUCUCGACGCUGAGAGCGCAAAGAAGGCGCACGCGGUCCUUGAGAAGCACAUCCUCGUGCCCAUGAAGAACGCGAAGGCUGUCCUCGCCCAGAUCCCAACGCUGCCGCCCAAUCUCGACGCCGAUGACUACGUCCGCUUCGGUCCCUUCUGGCUCGAGCGCGGCCCCAUGCCUCCUGCCGGCGAGAGCAGGUAUAUCAUCACGCCUUCCGUGCAGGCCAAGCUGUCCGAUCUUGCCCGUGUUAUCCUCACCAAGCGCUAUCCUGUCCUCAUCCAGGGUCCUACUUCGGCUGGUAAAACGAGUGCCGUCGAGUUCCUUGCCCGCCAGACUGGUCACCGCUUCGUGCGUAUCAACAACCACGAGCACACCGACAUCCAGGAGUACCUCGGUACCUACGUCACGGAUCCUCAGACUGGCAACCUCACCUUCCAGGAAGGCCUCCUGGUUACUGCCGUCCGCCAGGGACACUGGAUUGUGCUCGACGAGCUGAACCUGGCGCCCACUGAUGUGCUUGAGGCGCUUAACCGUCUGCUCGACGAUAACCGUGAGCUCGUCAUCCCCGAGACGCAGGAGGUCAUCAAGCCGCACCCGAACUUCAUCCUGUUCGCCACGCAGAACCCGCCCGGUCUCUAUGCGGGUCGUAAGGUGCUGUCUCGCGCGUUCCGUAACCGUUUCCUUGAGGUCCACUUUGACGAUGUGCCCAAGGACGAGCUGGAGACGAUCUUGUGCCAGCGCUGUGCGAUUGCGCCGACCUACGCAAAGCGCAUCGUGCAGGUCUUCGAGGAGCUUCGUCACCGCCGCCAGGCGAGCCGUGUUUUUGAGUCGAAGAGCUCCUUCGCUACCCUUCGUGAUCUGUUCCGAUGGGCUGAGCGUGGCGCUGUCGGCUACGACCAGCUCGCAACUGACGGUUACAUGCUCCUCGCUGAACGCGCGCGCAGCGACGAGGACAAGGCGGUCAUCCGCGAAGUCAUCGAAAAGGUUAUGAAGGUCAAGGUCGACGUUGACGCCAUUUACCGCAUUUUUGACCCUGAGAAUGUCAUGUUCAAGCGUCUGCCGUUUGACAGCGUGCCCGAGUCUGGCAUGGUGUGGACAAAGGCCAUGCAGCGUCUGUUUGCGCUCGUUGCUACUGCGGCUGCACACGACGAACCCGUCCUGCUUGUUGGUGAGACGGGAUGCGGUAAGACCUCCGUUUGUGAGGUCCUCGCUGCCGCCUUCGCACAGAAGCUUGUCGGCAUCAACUGUCACCAGAACAUGGAGACGGCUGACCUGCUCGGUUCUCAGCGCCCCGUGCGUAACCGCCACGAACGUCGUGCAAAGGUCCUCGCUCGCCUCGCCGAGCUGGAGGUUCCCGUUAGCGCCGACGCCUCUGACGACGACCUGCUUAACGCGGUCAACGCUGCGCUCAAGAUUGCGCCGAACGAUGCCACCAAGGCGGCCCUUCGUGGUGUUCAGCGAGAGGUCAAGAAGCUCUCGGCCCUUUUCGAGUGGGUCGAUGGUCCUCUCAUCCACGCCAUGGUCGACGGCGACCUCCUGCUUCUCGACGAAGUGUCGCUGGCAGACGACUCUGUGCUCGAGCGUCUCAAUUCGGUUCUCGAGCCUGGACGCACCCUUGUUCUCGCCGAGAAGGGUGGCGUCGACAUCGAUGACGCCACUAUCGUCGCCAACCCCCGGUUCCAUGUUGUCGCGACCAUGAACCCUGGUGGUGACUUCGGUAAGAAGGAGCUGUCCCCUGCGCUCCGUAACCGUUUCACCGAGAUCUGGGUUCCCGCUCUCGGAAACAGGGACGACCUGCUCCAGAUCAUUGCCCAGAGCUGGAAGCACGACGAACUUCAUCCCGCCGGUCCCCUCAUCCUCGACUUCAUGAACUGGUUUGGAGAGCGCAUCGGGGACUCGUCCGGUCUUGGUCUUCGUGACAUUUUGAUGUUCGGACAGGGCACGCUUGGUGUCGCUGCCGCGUUCCACCAUGGUGGUCAGAUGGUUUUCGUCGACGGUCUCGAGUCACUCCCGCAGGUUGCUGGUUCUUCGCUCGCCAACAUUGCUACUCUGCGCGCGGAGUGCAUGGCGCAUCUCGACACUAUGGCUGCUACGCUUGGUGACUACCACACCGCGAGCAGCACCGAAUUCAUCAUCACCCCCAACAAGGUCUCGAUUGGCGGCUUCACCGUGCCCCGCGGCCCGUAUGCGACCGACUCUAUGGACCAGGCGUUCCGCUUCGAGGCGCCCUCGACAGCUCUCAAUGCCAUGCGUGUCCUCCGCGGUUGCCAGCUGCCGAAGGCCAUUCUGCUCGAAGGCUCUCCGGGUGUCGGAAAGACCUCGCUCGUCUCCGCCCUUGCCAAGGCUGCCGGGUUCAAGCUGCAGCGUAUCAACCUGUCGGACCAGACCGACCUCAUCGAUCUUUUCGGUUCCGACCUGCCCGUCGAGGGUGGUGCGGCUGGUGAGUUCCAGUGGCGCGACGCCGCUUUCCUGGACGCGAUGCAGAAGGGCGACUGGGUUCUGCUCGACGAAAUGAACCUCGCCUCGCAGACCGUGCUUGAGGGCCUGAACGCUGUGCUCGACCACCGUGGAACCGUCUAUAUCCCGGAACUCGGCCGCUCCUUCGACCGCCACCCCGACUUCCGAGUCUUUGCGGCCCAGAACCCGCUCACGCAGGGUGGUGGACGUAAGGGUCUGCCCAAGUCCUUCCUGAACCGUUUCACGAAGGUCUACCUGCAGGAGCACACGCCUGACGACCUGCUCCUGAUCUGUCGCUCGAUCCACGACGAGCCUGAGAUCGUGCAGAAGAUGAUCGCGUUCAACGAGGAGAUCCGCGAAGGUACCAUGGUUACCCGUACGAUUGGUCGUGAGGGUAGCCCUUGGGAGUUCAACCUGCGUGACUUGUUCCGAUGGUUCGGUCUUGUCGCCAAGCGCAACGGACUCGAGAUGUCGCAGCACCCCGUCGAGCACCUCGCGACUGUGUACCUGCAGCGCUUCCGCAAUGCCGCAGACCGUGCAGCCGUCGCAUCCAUCUUUGAGCGUGUCUUCGGCAUCAACCCAGAGUUCUCUCGCCCUGCGGCCAUGAUCACGCCUAAGUGGCUCCAGAUCGGACACUCUGCCGUCCCCCGUGCCAGCUCGGCUGCGGUCGACAUCAAUGUCCCCCACCACCAGCUUCCUCUCGCCGAGAGCAUUCUCAAGGCGAUCGAGAUGGGCUGGCUCGUCAUCCUCGCGGGUGACAACGGCCGCGGUAAGCGUGACCUCCUGCGUGCCAUCGCUGCUGGUGCUGGUACCACGCUGGGCGAGUUCGCGAUGCACCCUGGUAUCGACACCAGUGAGAUCCUCGGCACCUUCGAGCAGCAGGACCGCUUCCGCGCUCUCGACAAUGCUACCAAGGCCAUCAAGGCGUCCCUUGAGGCUACCGCCGACUCGCACCCUGGUGCCGCUUCGCGCAUCGCUGAGAUCACCGAAGCUCGUGCUCGCUGCAACGACCCUCGUGCUCUCGAUGCACCUGAUAUCUUCCUUACCACGGCUCAGGGCAUCCUCGCUGACCUCAGCGCCGCUGGAGCAGACACCGAUACUAUCGUCGCUGCUCUUGGUGAUGUUGAGCGUACGCCCGGCUCCGCCACUGGUUUCGCAUGGGUCGACGGCGCUCUCCUCGAUGCCAUCCGCAAUGGUGGCUGGUUCCUCGUUUCCGACGCGAACCUCUGUUCCGCCUCGGUUCUCGACCGUCUCAACUCGCUCUGUGAGAUUGACGGUGUCCUCGUUAUGAGCGAGAAAGGAAGUGCCAGUGGCACGCCUGAGGUCAUCACGCCCCACAAGGACUUCCGUCUGUUCAUGACGUACGACCCUCGUAUGGGCGAGCUCUCGCGUGCUAUGCGUAAUCGUGGUGUCGAGCUGUACGUUGAUGCUCCUGAAGCGGGAUCUGAGGUCGUCACCAUCACCUCGCAGCCGAGUGAGACUUUUGCGCUGUCGGAGAGCUCUCUCCUGCGUGCGGCUGAGCGCAUGAACGCCAGCUAUGAGUCUGAUCUUUCGACCCCUGCGUUCGUCGCCAACCUCAUCGCCUCCGAGAGCCGCAGUGGUUACAACCUCCUGCGCCACUUUGCCUACGGCUCCGGAUCCCUUGACCGUGCGGUGGCUUUCAUGGGCCACCCGCAGAUCGCGUCUGUGCUUCAAGCCUCGGCGCAGUUCCUUGCCGAACGCGGGAUUGACGCCUCUCUCAUUGAGGCUCUCCCCUUCGACGCUGCGACGGACCCGAACACUGGCGCUGUCGACUUCAUAAUUUUCCGCGUUCUGCAAAUUGUCCUUCGCAACGCGGCUCAGCGCGCCGAUGUCGACGCCUGGAUCCUAGACCCGACCAACAACAAGAGCAUCCUUGCUGCUUCGGCUGCAGCUGCUCGUCGCGGAUCCAGCCGCCGCAAGGCUACGAUCGGUGACGAAAUCUACCCGUUCCUGAACCUCGCUCGCGAGAGUUUGCCAGAGCUCGUGCUGGAGAACAUCGCUGACCCCGCUGCUCUCCAUGCCGCUGAGGCAACUCUUCUCCUCCUUCGUCUUGUUGAGGAGCACUCCAAGACGGAUACCUUCGACUAUUCGUCCAUCCAACUUCUGGCCGGCUGGCUCAGCGAGCAGCUUACCCGUCUCAAUGCCACCAAGGCACAGCAGGCUGUCGCCAGCCUCGCCAAGACGACCCAGAUCACCAAGGGUCUCGGCCAGGCGGCCCUGUGGACUCUCUUCCGUUCUGGCCAGCUCCCGGCUGACAAGCGCCAGCAGCUCGCUGCUCUUGCUGAGCGUCUCGAUGGCGUCACAGACACUAGGCUUAAGCUCGAUGCUGUCCAGGCGCUGUCCACUGCGGCGCACAACCUCACCGACGAGGUCAUCGCGGAGCUGUCCGCGCUGAUCGACACGCUUCCCAUGAAGCCCGUCGACCUCGAGUCGACUGCCGCCGACACUCCUUGGACCAAUGCUAGCGUCGCGCGCGUCAUCGAACUCGACCUCCUCGACGCUGGUCGUGCCACUUGGGACUCGCCGACGCUCGCCCUCCUCGCGAGCGCUGCUGACGCUCGUCCCACUGACCUUCUGGAGCUGCAGAGCACUACCUUCACUGCUCUGUCUGGCUGGCUUCUCCGUCUCUGGCAGCCCGGAAGCCCCGCCAAGCUUUUCCAGCCCGUCCAGCUUCCCGCUGCUCUCCGCUUCAGCCGCACUGCUGGUACGCCUCUCGCCCAGAUCGACGCCAUGGACGAUGCUCUUGCGUUCUCUACCCGUACCCUUCUCUGGUCCGCCGGCAGAAACGAUGACCGUGCCGACCACUCGUGGACCCUGGCUCUCCGCGUGCUGACUCUCGUUCUCGGUGCCUUCGGUGUCACGGUCAUCGAUGGUCACCUUCAGCGCCCCGAGAUCUUCGAGACGCAGGCCGACGAGACUGCCUUUGAGUACUUGGAGAAGUCUUUCGGCGAGCACCUCGCCAAGCCCCUGGCGCAACCGAAGACGCUCUCCACCGUUGGUAAGAUCUGGUAUGGUCUCGGCCGCUUCGUCCUCGACAUGUUCGUGACGAACGUCCCCAUCGACCCUGGAGUCAGGCGUGUCUUGCUCGGCGAGUCGAUCGCGGCUCAGCUCGAGCACGUUACCGAGGAGCUCAAGGUUAUCCGCCAUGCCGAGGAGGUCCAGAAGGGUAUUGCCGACUCGGCCCGCGUCGCCGAUCUUGAAACCCGGGUCUCCAACCUUGAAGCGGAAGAGGCUGGUCUUGGUCCUCGGAUCGAUCGCGAGGUCAACGCCGCCCGUCUUGGACAUCUCUUCAACGAGGUCUUCUCAUUCUUCGAUGACAUCUUCAGCACCAUGGCUAUUGAUUCGCUCCUCUCCGCAAUCGCCAGCAACAACAAGGCGGCUCUCGCGCGAGAGGAUGCGUUCCAGCUUGCGUCCAUGGCCUUCGUCCAGCGUCUCUCCACUGGUUACACCGACUUGGAAGAUCUCGCACGCCCCAUCGCCACUGCCGUGCUUUGCGCAAAGUUCGGUGUUCGCUUGCUCGCUCGCGACCUUGAACUUCAGACUACCCAACCUUCGAAGGUUGUCGAGCCGGUUGUAUCCUUCCCGACUGUCGCUGGAUACGAUGAGCUCCAGAACCUGCCCGCCGGUGGCAAGGAGCCCAGCGUUGCCAGCAUGCGGGCCGAUCUCCUCGUUGCGCUCUCCCACGCCCAGGAGGCUGCCACUACCGAGCAACGUAUCGCCCACAUCCCCGGCGUUGUCUCUGGUCUCGACCGCCUCUACGCUGCAUGGAGUGCGAUCCGCCUCCGUGAGCAGCAGGAGCAGCAGGAGGCUGAGAGUCUGUUCCGUGUUCGCAAGACCGACAUCGAGGUUCUCUCUGACGAGGAGUUGAUGGAGAAGGAGUUCGCUGCCCUCUUCCCUUCUUUCGCCGAUGUCAUGGACGACGACGAGCCUGAGAAGCCGGUCGAGGAGGAAAAGCCCUCCGCCAACAAGGUCAAGUUCUCUUCCGCGCAGAUCUCAGCGUUCCACAAGAUCGUUGUCGGUGCCUUUGGCGAGAAGCCAGACACCGUCGCGUCUACCCUGAAGCAGACGGUGGACGAGAUCCUCGACUCGCUGCGUGCUAGCGAGUUCCGCGAGAACCUCGACUCCAAGUCGCUUGCGUUCCAGACGCAAACUCUCCACCACCGCCACGCGGAGAUCCGCACCUCGAGCGCGCAGAACAACUUUUACUUCUCGCCCAACGAGUGUGAGGUGCGCAAGGCUUACGUGAUUCUCGAGAAACUUCGUGCCCGUCUUGACGUUCUGGUUGGAGAGUGGCGCGACCAGAUGGUCCUCCAGCACAUCCGCGAACGUGUUCUCCGCGUGCUCAACCUCGACGUGCGCUCGCCCGUCGCUAAGGUGCUCGCUGCGCUUGAGCAACUUCUGCUCCACACUGACGACUGGGAGCCGUACGCGAACCGCGAGAACAGCCUCAAGAGCUACCAGCAUGAGAUGUCGAACCUGAUCGUGGCUUGGCGUCGUCUCGAGCUUUCGGCAUGGGUUCGUCUCCUCGAUGACCAAAUGGUUGAGUACGUCGCAAAGGACGACGAGUUUACCCUCCGCUUGUACGGUGCCUUCGUGCAUGGCAUUGUCGACUCGGACGACCCCGACAAGUACCUUGCGACAGUCCAGCCCGUGCUCUCCGAGUACCUGAACAUGAGCACGCUCGGCGCUUAUGAGCACCGCCUUUCCGUGCUCUCUGCGUUCCAGCGCAUGACCGAGGAGCUUGGCAAGAGCGAGGCACCUGCUGCGGAUUCGCUGGCGAAGGUUGCUGCGCUCCUGCACAACGUUAUCGGUAACGCAAAGCUUUUUGUGCCCCGCAUUCGCACCAGCCUCGAGCAGCAGCGCAAGGUUAUCGACAAGGCCGUCAAGGACUUCGUCAAGCUUGCCUCCUGGAAGGACAUUAACGUCUUCGCUCUCAAGGCGAGUGCCGCCAAGAGCCACAAGCAGCUGCACAAGAAUAUUCGCAAGUUCCGCGAGGUGCUCAUGCAGCCGGUCGCUCCCAUCCUCGGUGACCCGAAUGCGAUCUGUCCGCAGGAGACUGUCGGCGGCGAGGUUCAGGCCCACACUGGCCACUUCGAAGUCUCCUCGAUCAGCUCCGCUGCUCUGGACGCCCGUAAAGCGGUCAAGGCCGCUGUCCCCGCCAUCCUCGCGGAUCUGCCAACGACUCUUGCCCGCUAUUCUGCAGUUCAGGAGAAAGCUCGCGCUGCGAUGACUCAAACCGAGUCUUCUCAGAUGGAGGGUCUUGCCACCGACAUCAUUGAGACCGCCGAACACUUGCGUAAGCAGACGCCUGCCUUCCUGACGAAGGAGAACACCAAGGUCGUCAACAACUUGACCAGCCGCAAGCGCAAAGCAUUCUCCGACCUCCUCAAGACCCUUCGAGCCUGUGGCUUCUCACAGUCCGUCCCCGCCGACAAGCUUCAGCGCCAGCAGUCGACGACUUGGAUCUCGGGUCUGCCAUCGCUGGAGGUCUCCGACCUGCCCGCUGCGUUCGACACCCAGACGCUCGCCAAGGUUGAGGAGUACCACCAUCGUCAGUCCGUUCUCAUGACGGCUAUGCGUGCAGCUUUCAAUGGUCACAGCCCCGACAUUGCUUCGCAGGAUCUCGGUCGCGCCAUGGGAUACGUCGAGUCACUAUACGCGGCAUGUCUCGGCGAGCACUCUGUCCUGGCGGCUCAGCUUCGACAGCUCUCCCGCCUUGCGGCCACUGUACGCCGCUUGCACCACGUUGCGCACGCGCAGAGCGUUGCUGGCGGUGAGGCACUCCUUGAGGCUUUGAGCCAGGCCGAGCUUAACGCCUGCCGCAUCCGAGAUGCUCUCCGCGAGGUCGAGGUCACGGUUCGCGCCUUCCGAGAGCUGCAGCACACUCAGCCGGGCACCCACGACCUGAGUGUCGUACACGAGUUCCGCCAGGAGGUCACCCUUCUUGUUGCUGCGCUUGAGAACGCCCUCAGCUCUGCUCGUGCCGCCGACUGGACGCUGCUUGGUCAGGACGAGGCUGCGCUCGUCGACAAGACCAACAACAUGCUCUCACGUCUCCAGGCGGCUUGCGAGGCCCGCGCCCAGGCUACGCCGGAGCUCGCCCACCUCUUUACGCCCGUUGCGGAGAUGGCGCGCGGCAUGGUCAACGCCGUCAAGGUGAAGUCAGCCAAGCUUCCGGCGGCUGUAUGGAAGGAGUCUGACGAGCUCAUCCAGGUUAUCCUGGUUGCUGCUCAGGGUAUUGACAUGUCUCCCCCCGCCGCUCGCGGCGACGAUGAGUACGCCAACCUGCCCCAGGCUUUCUCCCGCCAGAACAAGUCUGCGGCUUCGCUCCGUGUUGGUGCCGUCAUCGAGCGUCUCAACGCUUUUUCGCAGAACGUUGUCAGCAAGCUUUCUGGCAAGGAGGCUACCGACGCUCCAGCCGUCUUUGCUCGCGUCCCGCCCUUCAUCCAGUCGCUCGCUGAGACGUACGCUUCCACCAUCGGGUCGCACCUCGUUUCGACCAAGUCCAUCUACAAGUUGACCUACGUUGUCGGCCGUGUUGUCCUCGACAUUGCCCAGAAGGGCUUCUGCAAGCCGCAGGAGGAAUCGAAGGACGAUGGUGAGGAUGGCGACGAGGGCGAGAUCGAGGGCACGGGCAUGGGAGCCGGUAGCGGCGACAAGAACGUGUCUUCCGAGAUCAAGGAUGAGAGCCAGGUUGAAGGUCUCCAGGGCGAAGACGAGGAGGAGCAGGACCAGCAAGGUGGUGACGACGAUGACGACGACGACGCGGUCUCGAUGGAGAACGACUUCGACGGCAAGCUCGAAGAUGGCAAGGAGAAGGAGGAUGGUGACGAGAGCGGCGAUGACGAGGACGAGGAGGAGCUCGACGACCACGUUGGUGAUGUCGACCCCCUCGACCCCGGCGCCGUCGAUGAGAAGUUUUGGGACAACGAGAAGGAAGAAGGCGGCGAAGAGGAGAACGAGGGCCGUGAGGACCUCAUGAACCAGAAGAACGAAGAGGAGAGCGGCGAAGCCGAGCUCAGUGCCAAGGAUGGAGCGAAGGAGGACAAGAAGAAGGACAAGGACGAGAAGAAGGAAGAAAAGGAGCAGGAGGCGAACGACACCCAGCAUGACGAUACCCCGCAGGUUGAGCAGGGCGAAGGCCAGGACGGUGAGGACGGCGAAGAGGCCGAGGAGUUCGAGGAGCACGAAGACCCCGAAGGAGAGGCCGAGGGCCAGGAUCCCGACAAUGAGGGACCUGACAUGCAGCAGCAAGACAACGUGGCUGCUGAGGAGGGCGACAAGCUCGACCUGCCCGAAGACCUCGAGCUGGACGGUGAUGAGGAGGAGGGUAACGACGAGACCGAGGCGUUCGACGAUGAAGACAUCGACAUGGGUGAGCCUGAGGGCCCCGAAGACAACGGCGUCACCUCUGACCACGGCGAGGAGGAGGAGGAUGCACCUGCCGCUACUGGCGUCACGGAGGAAGACGCCGCUGAGGAGCAGGAAGAGUCCGCCAACCAGAACCUCGAUAUGUCUGCCUCCAACGACGCUACUCCCCAGGAGUCAGCCGCCGCUGGUCAAGGCCAGGGUGCGGCGGACAAGGAGGAGGCGAAGGAGAAGGGCGAGGAUGAGGAGAUGGAAGGCGUCGAUGAAGAGGCUGCCGAGGCUGAAGAGGAAGCUGAGGCUGACGGUGCCACCCAGAGCGCUCCUCAGGGCGCUGGUGGCGCUGAUGAGCAGGAGACCACUGGUCCUACCGACUCCACUGGCGCGGCUAUGCCGGACCAGGGCAUGGAGAAGGAGCGCUCGCUCGGUGACAUCAUGGAGGAGAUCAAGCGCCGUCGUGACGAGAUCCUGGCUCAAACCGAGCGUGAAGAGGAGUCUACGAAUCAGGACGCGCAGGAACAAGCUCCUGGUCAGGUGGAGUACGUCCACGAAGGCCAAGAGGACGAGGGCCAGGCUCUCGGCGCUGCCCGCGAGGAGCAGCAGAAGCUCGAAGACCUGCACAUUGUCGACGAGGAAGAAGGAGAGACCGACAAGCCACCCGCAAUGGAGGACGACGCCGAGCCCGAGGACGCCGACAUGGAGUCUGCGCCGCAGGCUCAGCAACCCGAUGCCUCCGUUCAACGGGACAAGCAGGCCGCCGACAAUGACAUGCCCACCGAGAAGGCCCUCACUCAGGCCGAAAUUGGCGGCAGUGCGCCUAUGCCCUCCGACGCCAUGGACGUUGAUGGCGAGGGUGGUGAUCUUGCGGACAAGAUGCCCGAGGAUGAGGAACCGGAGGAUGCCGCUGAGGUCGACCUCACCAUCGCUGCACCCACCGAGGACGAUGGCGCCGAGGACCUCUGGCGCCAGUACGCAAGCCUGACGUCUGACCUCUCGUACGCUCUUUGCGAGCAGCUCCGUCUCAUCCUGGAGCCCACCCUCGCUACUCGUUUGCAGGGUGACUUCCGCACCGGCAAGCGCCUCAACAUGCGCAAGAUCAUUCCCUACAUCGCCUCCGAGUACACCAAGGACAAGAUCUGGCUGAGGCGUACCAAGCCCUCGCGCCGCGAGUACCAGGUGCUUCUGUCGCUUGACGACUCGCGCUCCAUGGCUGAGUCGCAUUCAGUGCAUCUCGCGUACCAGACCCUCGCCCUCGUCUCGCAGGCUCUCACUAAGCUCGAAGUUGGUCAGGUCUCGAUCGCUCGUUUCGGCGAGGGUGUCGACAUUCUCCACGACUUCGGCUCUGCCUUCAGUGAUGCCGACGGUGCCAAGGUUAUGCGUGCGUUCAAGUUCGACCAGCACCGCACGGACGUCGCUGCGCUUGUCGAGCGCACUCUAGCCUACCUUGCCGAGAGCCGUCAGAAGCAGGCAUCCAACUCUGCGCCCGACCUCUGGCAGCUCCAGAUCAUCAUCUCGGACGGAGUGUGCCAGGACCACGCGCGCCUUCGCACUCUCCUUCGCCGCGCCAUCGAGGAGCGUGUAAUGAUUGUCUUCCUCAUCGUCGACCAGCUCGGCGCCGAGCCCGGAUCCGUUCCUGCUUCCGCCCCUGCGUCUGCGCCCGCUUCUGGUGCCUCGACCCCCGCGCCACAGCACAAGCCGAGCAUCCUCUCGAUGCAGACCGUCAACUACACAAACGUCAACGGCGAGAUGAAGCUCGAGAUGCAGCGCUACCUCGACACGUUCCCGUUCGAGUUCUACGUCGUGCUCCGGGACGUGGAGGCGCUCCCCGGUGUACUGGCUGACACGCUGCGCCAGUGGAUGGCCCGUGUUAGCCAAUCUCAGGACAUGGACAACGACUACUACUCGCUGACGGCGAUUCUGGCCGAGAACCACAAACUACCCUGCACCUUCACGCUCGACGUUCCGGAACUCGGAUAUCUGGAAGGGACGGAGCGAGACCUCAAGGCGGGAACGAAAGUGGAACUGCCGCUCUGGCUUGCGCAAACGUUGAGUUUGAACGAACUCACAACAUUCUCCGUUCCUCCAGCCUACGGACCGCGAGUACGCGCGGCACUGAAGGCGUCGGCGCCGGCCGUGAAACUGUCUUCCUUUGUCGGAGCAGGCGGAUGGUGGUACCGCUUCGGCGCAAGGAUUGCCAGUAUGUGGGACAACGGCGACUCGUUGCUCGACAUGCUUCUGGGCGCGUUCGUCCACCGACUCCCACCAUUGCAGGACCUGGCAGCACACCACGCGUCCUCGGAAGGAUCGAUGGAGCACGGGGCUGGCACGGGCGAAUCGUUCCAGAGCGGUAUGGAGGCGGACGAGCGUGAACAGAGUGGCGCGCUCGUCAAGGCGUGGUAUGACUCGACGUGGGGCAAGCGCACGCAGAAGUAG